AUGCUGCCAGUUGAAACUUUAGAGGAAAAAACAGCAGACUCCUUGCAAGAUUUGUACAGAGCCUUGGAGCAGGCCAGCCUGUCUCCAUUAGGAGAACACCGGAUUUCCACUAAGCUGGACUAUCAGAAAUCUUUUAUAAAGAGAUGUAGCGACCCAGUAGUCAAUGAAAAACUGCACCAGCUGCGAAUUCUGAAAAGCACUUUAAAGGCCAGGGAAGGAGAAGUAGCCAUUAUAGACAGAGUUCUGGAUAAUCCAGCACUGACAUCUAGAGACUUUCAAGAAUGGAAACAAAUGUACCUUGAUGUCUUCAUGAACAUCUAYGAGAGCAGCCCCCAGAGGGACUCUGUGAAUGGCUCCUCUGAGGUUGAAGCACUUUUAGCCUCGUUAGCACACACCCACUCAUACAUAGAAACUCAUGUAUAAAGGUCUCUCUUUUUGUCCAUUUGCUACACUCCAAGUGCAUAAAGUAGUUUUUAUAUCAACAUGUGAGAGCUCUAGUAAAUUAUAUUUUAAUGUUACUCRGCUGUGUGAAGUAAACCUUUGAUGGUCGACGAUGCCACUUCUUUAAUGAGGAUUUGUAUAUUUUAUAUGCUACCAAUGCUCUGCUUGUGUUUACCUUCUGUGAAUUAAAAAACAUGAUCUUUAGCUAUUGAAGAAAAGGAUUUAAAAGGAUUUUUGGAAGACUGUGGCCUUCGUGCAGGAAGUUCCACAUGUUAAAGCUUUUGUUAUCAAAGGUCACUUUUACAAUGAUAUUUUAUAUUUUAGAAUUCCAGUAUUGCAUUGCAUUUUUUGGAGUGCAGGUACUAUUUUGGUGGUGGGGGAAAACCAAUUUUUAUAUUUCAUGAGAAACUCUAGGAGUUUUCUUAAAUAAUAGUGGAAAAGCGUAAUGCAGUGACUGUAUUUCAGUUUUGUCAAGCACAUAAGAGGGUGAAAAUUGGCAGAGAGAAAAAUGACAAAUGUGAAUUUAAGUAUCAAAAGGUUAGGUCUUAUUUCCUUGUGCUUUUUUUAAAGCCUGCUGCUAAGGUUUACCACCAGUGCAAAUGGAUGCUKGUUUGUAUUAUAAUUAAGACCAAAUUGUGUGUUGUUUGUCUCUUAAUCAGAUUAGGUUGAUUUAAAAAAAAAAUAAUUAGUCAUGGUACUGUGAUUGAUGAUGCUUUUGCACUGAAGGUAUCAGUAUAAUGUGCAGAUUUUUAAAAAGAGAAAAUGCAGACUUUCAACAUCUUUGGUAGCAGCAUUUUUUUUUGGCCCAGAAAAGCAGCAGUGGAAAAGGUUCCCAAUGAAAUGCUUCAAAUCUGAGAUCCUUUGAAGAUUCCCACAAUAGAAAAGGAGUGAAUAGGAUUUUUCAAGUUUUCUCUGUGUUUUCUGAGCUGUGAAAAUUGGCUGUAUUGUAUGCAGGGAUAAUGUGUGAUGAGAAUGGAGCUGAGCACAGAACCUGAAAAAUAAGUGAGGAGUGAAAAAGCCUCAGGUUUGCUUUUGAAGGGCAGGGAUAUCUCUGGGUUCUGCUGAGUUCACAAGCCCAUUAAAAUGUUUUAAACUUCCCUGAGAUUUGCUCUCUGCUGAAGACAACCGAAUGAAUAUGAGAGGAAAUAGCUCCUUAGUUAGGCACAUGCCUGAAAUAAAAGUGGGAGGGAACUCUUAGAUCAUAUAUUUACUUUUUAUGGGCUUCUUUUUCAAAAAUGUUACGAGCAUGACAAAAUAUUUCUGCUGCUCUUCAGUAUUUUGCUGCAAAAGUUAGGACUCACGACAUGAUUUAACAAUGCUCAUGUGAAAAGGAAAAGCCUCCUUUAUACUUUAGUGAGUUGUACUCUUAACCAACUUUAGACUAUUGCCUGUACAGCUCAGUGAAUGUACUUUAAACUUUAUGAGCUCUGAUAUUUCCUGGCAGUUAUAUCCAUGAAGGGAUGAAGGAAAGAAUGGACAGAUUUAUUUUCUCUCUCCUUCUUUCUUUCUUGAUUUUAUUCCUCCCUCUUUGUCCACUUUUUCUCUCUUGCUCCCCUUUAUCUUUUUCUUUCUUUUUCUCUUUCUACCCCUCAUUUUCUAUCUUCUUACUGCAUUUGGAUUGCAAAUGUUCUGCAGAUUUUGCACAACUGUACAGAAGAGUGGCCUUUCUGUAGCCCAUUUUCAGUAAUCCUAUAUUCAAGUCAUAUGGAUGACAAAUCAUGUAUUAACGUUUGUAUAGAAUUCUGGAUCCAGUGUAAGAUUUGUACUAUUAGAAGACUAUUGUUUGUAUAAACUGGACAUUUAUUUMCUGCAUGGGUACUGACUUGUAUAUUAAAUUUGUGAGGUUUUUGUAAAUUUCUCUCAAGAAAUGCUUGACUUGAAAUGGAUUGUGCUAUUGUUCCAAGCAUUUAGAUUCUCUUGCUAUUGUUUUACUGGACCAAAAGUAAAUAUAUUCAUAUGAAAAACUCUUUAUAUCUGAUGGAUGUAUAUGCACAUUGUGUAGUUGAUUCCUUGUCAAAACCAAGGCAGUUCAGAAGACUUAGAUCUGUUGCUAUGCAACAGCCAUUCUGCCUGCACUUUACAUUAGUAAAGUUAGCUUGAUUGCUUUAAAGGUGAAAAUUAAACAUUACAGUUUUUUAAGCUAGUCUAGUGACAAAGAACAUGUGUCCUCUCCAUUGUGCUGCCUUCUUUUAAGACUAUUAAAUGUUCUUCUAUAUAUAUUUUUAUUGUAUUAACUCUCAGCCUAGAAAGGGAACACUGUAAA